AUGAAUUUAAUUCAAUCGCUUCUCGUGUUUCUGUCAUUCGUUGCAAUCAAAGAUGUUUCAUCGGAGUCAACAAUUGAGAACUUUAUUGGCGAUUUGAACUCCUUGAGACAAGAGUACGUCGAUGAUUAUAAAGUACCAAAUAUGCACGAGUUGAUUUGGAGUGAGGAUCUGGUCAAUAUUCUGACACCUCUCGAUUUGAGUGCUAAAUUGCCAAAAUCCCGUAUAAAUUGGCGAUUCACUUCUCUUAAAUCUUAUAAUACUGCAUGGUCUGAUAUUGAAAAAUAUGCGAACAAUUUUUUGAAAAAAACUCCAAAAGAAGUGACAAAAGCUAUUGAAGCCGGUAGAUAUUAUACAAUGGAUAAGAUGGAGUUGUUCAAUCCUCUUCAAAGGUUUAUUGGAUGUACUAGCAAACCAGAAGAAGAUAUAAUCGAAAGUGUUAACCAGAUAAGAGAGGAGUAUUCAAAGAAAUUCAAUGUCCCCAAUGUGCAUCAAUUGAUUUGGAGUGAAGAUCUUCUGAAAAUCCUGAAGGACAUGGAUAGGGAUAAUGGAUUUAAGGGUGCUUGUGUUACAUGGAGAUAUGUGCAUAUAGACACUUCUAACAAAGGAUCCAUCAAAAACGAGUUAAGCACUUUCUUUAAAAAAAGUGAUGUAGAGAAACGAUUAUUCGUCAGAAAUAAUUCUGACUCAACGCUGGAUAGCCUUGAAUUUCUGAAUCCACUCCAGAAGUUUAUUGCAUGCAGUCGAAAUUCGAAUACUCAUAGAUUUAUAUGUUUAUUAGGGACAGAAGGAAAAUUCACUAUGUUCGAUUAUUCUCAUAAAUCAAACGAAAUUCCCGGAUCAAAUUGUCAGAAAAGAUACAAAAAUGAUAGUGGAGUUUGUGUUGCAAUUAAUUCGGAAGAAGAAUCUUAUUUUGGACGUCAGUCGGAUUUCAUGAGUGAUAUCAAUCAGAUAAGAAGACGUUAUGCGAAAGAGUACAGAGUUCCCAACAUGCAUGCAUUGACUUGGAGUAAUGAACUUGCUGAAGUUUUAGAGCCUCUCAGAAUGGAUGAUGUGAAGGCUCAAGCGAAGAAAACUUGGAGAUAUGGAGCACUAAACACAUAUGACAAUACUAUCUAUCAUAUUAAAGCGGAUGUUACUCGCUUUUUCGAAAUGAAUAGAACCGCAAAAAACGAUCACAUUGUCAAAACUUUAUCGGACAAAGACACAAUGGACAGAUUGGAAUUUCUUAAUCCUCUGCAAAAAACCAUUGCUUGUGGACGGAAAGAGGAGGAAGGAGUAACUUAUAUUAUCUGCUUGUUGGGACCAAAAGUAAACUUCACAACAUUUGAUACGAGUUUUCAAUCACAGUUGGCAGCUGGAUCGAAGUGCCAUAAAGGAUAUUACAAUGAAGAUGGCCUAUGUGUCGUGCAAAUACCAACUCAAGAACCAAUUAUUGACUACAGAAAAAUGGCUGAGGAAGAAAGAAAUAAAGCAUUAACUGAGGAGUCAGAGCCGGAACCAAUUCUCGAAAAUCAUGGAAAUGGAAUAUCAUUGAGUCAUCUAUUUGUUUUUCUUCUGGCUAACUUGAUUUUCAACAUUUAA